GGCGCGAGCAGACGUUGGGGGCGCUGUGAGGUGACGCCGACCCGCGGUGCGGUGGGGGGGAGGGGAGCGGACGGGCACGGCAAUAAUGUCGCUGCUCAUGGACCCGCCGGCGCCGCCGCGACGCUCCAACGUCACCAGCUGCGACCUGCACCCGGACGAGGCCUUCACCGGCUUCUGCACCGCCUGCCUCCGCGAGCGCCUCGCCGGCCUCGAGGCGUCCGCGGCCGCCGCCUCCGCGCCCGGCCGCAGGUCCACGUCCGCCAUCCGGUCCCUCUUCGCCCGGCCGUUCGCGCCGGGCGCCUCGUCGUCUGCGGCUGGGGCGGUACCUGAGCCGCCGGACCUGCGGCGGUGCAAGUCGUUCUCGUGCGGCCGCGGCGGGGACGUACUCUCCGCUGCCGCCGCGGCGGCCGCGGUUGCCAGGGGGGAUGAGCCGCAGCGCCACUCGUGCGAUGUGCGCGGGCGUGCUACGCUCUGGGCGCUCUUCCACCAGGACGACCGUGACCGUGUCCGCGACGGCACGGCGUUUGGUUCCUUCCCGGUCUCGUCCUCCGCCGCUGCCGCCGUGGCGCUCACCACCGGCGUCGCGCUCCCGCCGCAGCAACCGCCGCUGCCACGGCCGCGCGUCCUGGAGGAUUUCUCCGAGGAGGACAUCCCCGUGGUCAUGGAGCGCGAGGACGAGAUAAUGCCGGUGUUCGAGCCCGUCCUUGGGGUGGACACCUCCGGCGAGAUUGUUGAAGUCGAGGACAAUGCCGCUCGGGAUGUAAAGGCCAUGAAGGAACACAUUCACACGGACCUCGAGUCGUCGGAGCCCGUGAAGCCACCGCCAAAAGACCUGAAAGAGAUCGCCGGGAGCUUCUUUGGCGCCUCCGUGUUCAGCAAGAAGUGGCAGAAAUGGAGGCGCAAGCAGAAGCUCAAGAAGGAGGCCGCCGUGAGCAAGGCCGCGGCAGCGGCAAUGCCACCGCCGGAGAAGCCAUCCAAGCCAUCGUUCCUUCGGCGGCGCCGCCUCCGAGGGGAGGCUGGCUCGGAGAACGCGUUGGGGCGGCGCUCGUGCGACACCGACCCGCGAUUCUCCCUCGACGCCGGCCGCAUGUCCAUCGACGACGCCGGCUUCACCUGGGACGAGCCACGCGCGUCGUGGGACGGGUACUUGUUCGGUGCGGGGUCUGGCAUUGGCCUCGGCCGCGCGCCCCCGCCGGUCUCCCGCCUCCCGCCCAUCCUGUCCGUCAUGGAGGAUACUCCGGCCACCGUGGUCGAGCGGUCAGACGGCCAAAUCCCCGUGGAAGACGAUGGCGAACUUGAACCACCAGGGGGGUCCUUCCAGACGAGAGACUACUACUUCGAUUCUUCCAGUCGGAGGCGCCGGAGCCUGGAGCGCACCAGCUCAGUCCGCCGGCCGUCCUUCGAGGUGGCCACCGAGCCGAAGCCAGCACCGGCCGCAGCCAACGGCAACGAGUCCCCCAUCGCCAUUGGCGGCUCAGAGUUCUACCACUUCCACCACGCCGAGGACCUGUUGGACCGCGGCUUCAGCUCCAACUCCCUGGUGGAGGACAUCUCGGCGAGCCUGGAGGCGGCAAUGUCCGGGCCGGCCAAGAAGCCGCCCCGCUGGCGCAAGGCGUGGAGCCUGUGGGGGUUCAUCCACCGGCGAGCCGCCGGGCGCAGGGGCGGCGGGCCGUCGGACAUCGCGGACCGGUCGUUCUCGGAGCCGUGGCCGGACCUGCGCGGCGGCCGCGGGGCCGGCGGGCAGAACAACAUGCAGCGGUGCAACAGCAACCUGAGCGCGCGCAGCUCGUUCAGCAGCAACAGCGGUGGGCUCGGCAGCUCGAGGCGCAGCUACGUGGACGUCAACGGGAACGUGAGGCGGAGAGGGGCCGAGGAGGCGCAGCCGCACGUGCUGGAGCGGAACCGCAGCGCGCGGCACUCGCCGCCUGGGCGCGUCGACAACGGCAUGCUGCGUUUCUACCUGACCCCGAUGCGGAGCGGCGGCGCCGGCGCGCGGCGAGGCGGCGGUGGCGUGCCGGGGGGCAAGGCAGGGCGGCAGCUGACGUCGCAGUCGUUCGCCCGGAGCGUGCUCCGCCUGUACUGAACCUAAAGGAAACCCAGCACUGCAGCUGAAGGGGGGUUGGUGUAUUGGUGAUAGCCAUAGCCAUAAGUCUUGGUGUAUUGUACUAAGCUCGAUCUUGUUAUUUCUUUCUCUUCAUUUGGGGGUGGGGUGGGGGUGGUGGAUAACACGCAGGCAGUUCAUGUUAAUUUCCUCUUGCAUCUUAGCAGUAUGCUCGUCGCAUGAUCCAGUGGUUCUUAUCGUUAAAUCAUAUACUAGUAUCAGUUGAUGUUC